AACAAUCAUCCUCUCGGCGCACUCAUUCAUUCACUUGCAUGCUGGCUGAAGCAUCAAUCGUCAAACCAGUAUAAGGACACCCGCCCAUGUCAAACGCGUCGCCUUCAAUGCCCAAGGACAUUUGCAGAGCUCCUCAACACUCACUGCUGUCACAUUGAGCCAUCCAACGACCCCACGAGACCCUCGGAGAAAGAGUCGUUGUCGCCCCAACCAUCUGAGAUCCGCUCACACCGAGCACCGAGCACCUCACGCAUACCCAUCCAUCUUCCCCCUCUCUUUCAAAAGAAAGGACACGGAACCGUGGGACCCGUCGCCGGGAGAUACCAGCCGCUCAUCAGAGUAUCUGGGGCGAUCAAGACACGGCCAUGGCCCGGUCCGAUGAGGCAGCGGCGUUCUUCUUCGCCGUGUACGCCGCCGUGCAGGAGAUUCCGCCCGGCAAGGUGACGAGCUAUGCACACAUUGCGCGGCUCGUGGGGACCCCACAACGGCCCAGACAAGUUGGCGUCUGCCUCAAACAUCUCCCCGUCGACCCGGGUGCGCGGUAUAAUCAUGACAACGUGCCCUGGCAGCGUGUGAUUAACGCCAAGGGCGUCAUUUCUCCUAGAUCACAACCAUCUGGGGCGCGGAAUCAGGCACAGGCGCUCGAGGCCGAGGGAGUCACGGUGGGGAGGAGCGCAUUGGGUGAGCUCACUGUCGACUUCGCAGAUUAUGGGUGGUUUCCCAGGAGUCUGCCGUCUGCGGAAUCUGACGGGGAGGAUUCAGAAGACAGCGACGGUGAUGAAACAUGAAUACGCGUGCAGUGAUGAGAAACAUUAU